GAAAGUUCAUUAUGUUCAAUGGAGUUGUUAGAAAUAAAUGAAUUUGUAAAAAAUAAUAAUAAUGACCUAAAUAUAAGCUGCAAUACUCGAAUCAACGAUGCAAUAACAUACAAUGAUUUUUUUACGCAAUAUUUAAUUAAAAAUGAACCGUGUGUCUUCAAAAGUGGCAUUACCAAUCAAUGGCCAUGUGUUAACAAUUGGGUUUUUAAUAAUGCGCCUAAUUUUAAACACUUAAAAAAACUUUAUGGUAGUUGUCAAGUACCUGUGGCAAAUUGUAAAAUAAAAUACUACAAUGCACAACUGAAAGAUGAAAUGACGAUAGAAAAGUUUAUGGAUUAUUGGCAGGAGUAUAGAAAUAAAAAUUACACCACUGACAUGCCUGUAUUGUAUUUAAAAGACUGGCAUUGUUUAAGAGACAAUCCAGGUGAUCUUUUUUAUAAAGUACCCAAAUAUUUUGCAUCUGAUUGGCUUAAUGAAUACUACUUAGCCCAUCCACAGUUCUCUGAUGAUUAUAUGUUUGUUUAUAUGGGACCAAAAGGAUCAUGGACACCUUUACAUGUUGAUGUAUUCACGUCAUUUAGUUGGUCAGCGAACAUCGUAGGAAAAAAACGGUGGCUAUUAUUUCCACCUGGUGAAGAAAAUAAUCUUCGAGAUACGCAUGGUCAUUUAUUGUACGACAUUGAUUCUCCUGAGCAAGAUAAUUUUUGGUCUGGUUCUAAUAAAGCUUUAGAAAUAAUUCAAGGUCCUGGUGAAAUUGUUUUUGUACCUUCUGGAUGGCAUCAUCAAGUUUGGAAUUUGGAGGAUACAAUAUCAAUCAACCACAAUUGGAUUAACGGAUGUAAUAUAUUAAAUGUAUGGAAGGAACUUAAAAAAGCACUACUAGCUGUGAUGAAAGAAAUAGCCGAUUGUUAUAACAUGGACAAUUGGAAAUCCCAGUGUCAAACUAUUCUAAAAGCAUCCCAUGGAAUGGAUUAUUUACAAUUUUACGAUUUUUUAUCCUUCAUUAUUAAAAAGCGAAUAAACUCCAUCAACAACAACAAACCCUGCACAAAUUCCGACACACGGGAGUUCGGUGUUAAUCAUAUAUUAUUCGAUCUCAAACGAGCCAAAUUUGUAUUAAGUUACUUGAUAGUAGAUUCGAAAGAUAAUGAUAUCUAUGAUAUUGUUUUUCGUGAUAACAGGCCUGAAAAUUUAAUCGAAUGUAUCGACGCAAUUUUAAUAUAA